AUGAGCGAGUGUGCUCCUGGCUAUAUUAAGUGGAUUAAAUCUGCUUUCGGAGAGUGUGUCGUAACGCCAAGAGAUAAAUGGAGCUUUGGUGUCGGUAUGUUCUCAAAUUGCAUCUGGCUUGUUUCUUCUACUCCACAAUACAUCCAAAACUGCAAGACAAAGCGCGUUGACGGACAAAGUCCAUUCUUCUUCAGCUUGCUCUUCUCCGGUAACAUCUUUUCUUUAAUUGGCCUUUUUAUUAAUGGUGGCCUUUUCAUUCAGAUCAUCCAAUCCAUAAUUUAUUGCAUUCUUGAUGGAAUCCUUGUUUCUCAAUACGUAUACUAUCGUUGCUGUUACGUUGAAUGUUGUGUUGACCAAUUUAAAGAUAAAGAUAAAAACAGCAAAGAUAUUUCAGAUAUUUCUGAUGGAAGCGAUAAUAUUGUGGCACCAGCAGUAGCAGGAGUUGCAACUGCUGCUGUAUUAGCUGCAGUUGACUACGCACAUCCUUAUUCAAAGAUUGAACUCCUCGGAACUAUAUUCGGAUGGAUUUCAGCAUGUAUUUACAUUUCCUCAAGAAUUCCUCAAGUUAUUAAGAACUUUCAAAUGAAAACCGUCGGCGAUCUCAGUCCAUUUUAUGUAAUCUUGUCAAUUUCAGGCAACAGUACAUAUUUAAUAUCCUUAUUCAUCAAAGAUACUAGUGCUCAGUUUGCUUGGAAUCAAAUGCCUUGGAUCUUCGGUGCUGGCGGGCCAUGCUUAUGCGACAUAAUCUUUUUGAUACAGAUGUGUGCAUUUGGUCUUUCUACAGGUGGAAAUACCCAAAAGAACGAUUCCGAUGUUAAUCCAGAGCUUGAAGAGAAUUUUGAUGAAGCUCGUUAUAUUCCUGAACUUUAA